CUUGCUCCGGUCCUGCAGGUGGCGAGCGCGCGCAGCUCCGCCGUCUGUCCCUCGCCGACCCUUCAGUGAUAGCGGAUCAGUACAGUGCGGAUGAGCGAUGCUUUGAUUCUCAUUCAUGUCAACAGCCUGAACAACAGCCAAACCGACGUCUCUCGCGUUCACAUGAACGGAAUAAAAUGCAGCCGGACGAGUCUCAGUAUUUGCAACGGAAGUGUAGGACUGGUGAUAUAGAUGUGCAUCCAACAGAAAAGGCUCUAGUGGUGUACUAUGAAGUGGAAGCAUCCAUUUUAGGAGAGGCGGGCAAUGCCAGGCAUGAGGAGAAGAAAGAGUGCCAGAAAAUCAUUCGUCUGAGGAGUCUGAAUGCCAGCACUGAUGUAUCCGCCCUGGCUAGAAAGGUGGUGGAAGAGUGUAAAAUCAUUCAUCCAUCAAAGCUGGCGGAGGUGGAACAUCUGCUGUUGUAUUUACAGAACCGAAAGAAGUCCAGCAGUAAAUUGGAGAAGAAGGAAAAGAAACCAUCGAAACCUAGAGAACUUCUGCCAUUUGAAGGAAUGGAAAUUGAUGAGGAGGCCAAUAUUAAUAAAAUCGAUGAAUAUAUUGAGCUGUUGUAUGAGAGCAUGGCUGAGAAGAUUAGAGGCUCCACUCUGAUCCUCCAUCUGGCCCGUAACCCUGAUAACCUGGAGGAGCUCCUACAUAAUGAGGCUGCGAUUGGAGCUCUUGCGCGGGUUCUGAGAGAGGACUGGAAACACAGUGUGGAGCUAGCAACUACUAUCGUCUAUGUCUUCUUCUGCUUCUCAAGUUUCUCGCAGUUCCACGGGCUCAUUACGCACUAUAAGAUUGGCGUGCUGUGCAUGAACAUCAUCGAGCAAGAGCUGAAGAAAUAUGAUCUGUGGCAAGAUGAGUUAGAGAAGAAGAGCAAGGCUUGUGAAGAGGACCCCGAAAACCAGAGCUUGCGGAAGGACUAUGAGAAAACCCUUAAGAAAUACCAAAGCCUCCUGGUCAAACAGGAGCAGCUGCUGCGAGUUGCGUUCUACCUGCUGUUGAAUCUGUCUGAGGACACCCGCACGGAGCUCAAGAUGAGGAACAAGAACAUUGUGCAUCUGCUGGUCAAGUCUCUGGAGAGGGAGAAUGAGGAGCUGCUGGUGCUGGUGGUCUCCUUCCUCAAAAAGCUCAGCAUCUUCUUGGAGAACAAGAACGACAUGGCUGAAAUGGACACCGUAGAGAAGCUGGCUCGUCUGGUUCCAUGUGAACAGGAAGACCUGAUGAACGUCACUCUGCGACUUCUCCUCAACCUCUCAUUUGACUUGGGUCUGCGCACCAAAAUGGUGCAUGUGGGUUUGCUGCCCAAACUCACUGCUCUGCUGGGUGAUGACAUGUACAAGCACAUAGCGAUGCGUAUCCUCUACCACAUCAGCGUGGACGACAAAUCUAAAUCCAUGUUUGCGUUUACUGACUGCAUUCCUCAGCUCAUGCAAAUGCUCUUUGAACAUGGCGAAGAAAGAAUCGACACCGAGCUCAUUUCAUUCUGCAUCAACCUGGCUGCUAACAAGACUAAUGCUCAGAUUAUUUGUGAGGGUAAUGGAUUGAAGAUGCUGAUGAAAAGAGCACUUAAACUAAAAGACCCGCUGCUGAUGAAAAUGAUCAGGAACAUCUCACAGCACGAUGGACCUCUGAAACAGCUCUUCAUUGACUAUGUGGGUGAUCUGGCAGCUCAGAUCAAGCAGGAGGGUGAUGAAGAGUUUGUUAUUGAGUGCUUGGGUACAAUGGCAAACCUCACCAUACCUGACCUGGACUGGGAGCUCCUGCUCAAAGAGUACAACCUGGUGCCCUACCUCAAAGACCACCUCAAACCCGGUAAAGGCUCAGCAGAGGAUGACCUGAUCCUGGAGGUGGUGAUCAUGAUCGGUACGGUAUCAAUGGACGACUCCUGUGCCGUCAUGCUGGCUAAGUCUGGCAUCAUUCCUGCUCUUAUUGAGCUGCUAAAUGCCCAACAGGAAGACGACGAAUUUGUGUGUCAGAUCAUCUACGUCUUCUACCAGAUGGUCUUCCACCAGGCCACCAGAGAUGUCAUCAUUAAGGACACUCAGGCCCCAGCCUACCUCAUUGACCUUAUGCACGACAAAAAUGUGGAGAUCAGGCAGGUUUGUGACAACACUCUGGACAUUAUCGCUGAGUAUGAUGAAGAGUGGGGGAAGAAGAUCCAAAGUGAGAAGUUUCGCUGGCAUAACUCGCAGUGGCUGGAGAUGGUAGAAAGCAGACAGAUGGAGGAUGCCGAGCCCUACCUGUACGGAGAUGACCCGGACGCUCUGGAGCAGCCUGAUCUCUUCUACAGCACUGAUGGUAUGAUGGCCCCAGAGCCAGGCCUCAGUCCAGACUUCUACAGCCAGUUCCACUCACAGAAUGGAGACUUCAACGCCUGCAAUGGUGCCGACGGACGUCCUGCCACUGCCUACGGCUUUCGUCCUGACGAGCCGUUCUUCCACGGCUACGGAUCCACCUGAUAGAGCUGCUGCAUAACGCCAUCUCAUCGUUCACUACAAGACCACGGCUAUCUCCUAGAAAACGCAAAUGCUCAAACCAACCAAUCUCUUCCAGAAAAUGCGAGCCCACCCUUGGAUUUAAAGACAGGUUUAAUAGCGAGACCCCAGUAAAAUGCUUGGUGAUGCUUUAUAAUAACUUUUAAUUAUUCAUUAACAAAAAGAUCAGUAGUUCAUGUACAUUCAAAUAUGUCAAAUGUUAUUUUAUAUUCAAAUGUUUAUAUAAGUUAUAAAUUGACUUUUCUAAAUUGUUUGAAUGUAUGCAAAUAUGUUAGGCAUUGUGUAAUCAUGCUUAACAGAUUAUUUGUGUACAUUAGCUUAUAUAAUGUAUUAUUAUUUAUGAAGGAUAUAAAGUAAAAGAAACUGACUUACUAAUCACUUAAAUUAGAUUUUAAUUUCAAAAUAGUCUUUAUUUAUUUAUACAUUUUAUGUUUUUUUUUAGGUUUUAGGGAGUGCACUUUAAUAGUAUAUAGUAUAUUCAUUGAACUGGAAUAAAUCUGUUCUCAUCUUCAUAUUCACUAAAUAAUAAUCAGCUAAAAUGUUACUGAUUGACCGAUUUAUCCUGUUCUCAUUAACCAGAGUUGACUGCAUAAACUGCAUUAACAGCUUCAUAAUGAUGUAGCAUCACUCACUGUAUUCAAAAUAUCUUGCACUAAUUGUCAUGUAAAACAAAACUAUAUACUGUGUCUGUUCGAUAGCUUAUAUAAGUAGGCAUUAUUCCUCUAAGAGAUAUUUAUGAAUUAACUACCUAAUGGUUCAUUGCUGUGAAUAGUCUUAUAACACUUUAAUUAAGGUGCUAAAUGCUGCCUCUGGUACUAUUUUAUGCUGUUGUUUUAAUUUAGUUAUGUUAUGAUUCAGAUGUAGCGCGUGUCUGUUCAUUUUUAAGUCAUAUUUUACUGUAAUUUAAUUUUAAUUUAUCACAAUGAAUUCAGGACUGCUCUGUAUUUCCAUACACAAAAUGUGCCUCCUAACAUCUUGGCCUUUGCUGCUAUAUUGAUCCUGUGAGUUUGACAAAUUAAUAUGAAUUGACCUUAACUGCAAACAGAAGAAAUAAAACAAUGC